GGGGCUUGGAGAUAAACGUCAACUACUGUACUCGGCUUGAUUAAAGAGCGCGUUAAAGACGCGGCUGCGGGCGUCGCCACGUUCACGCGCACAAAGUGCAUCGUCUUCUAAAGUGUCCCUUCAUGCUAAAGAGCUGCGACGCGUCGCGUGAGGCCCGCAGUAGUCACGGGGGAGAGGGGUCAGCUCGAGAGAAGUGGCGUCCAGCAGCCAGCUGCAUGCGUUUGAGCGAUGUAGUGCGGCGAGGCUGCCUGCCGGAGAGAAUCCAUCACAGAAACAAACCGCCCCCUCCCACUCCCGAGUGCCCCCGCUUCAGAUGCAACUCCAAAUACAUAAAGCCUCCAUGUUGCGGUGGGACCGUCGUUUGCUCCGAAGUGUUCGCUAACGUCAACGCUCGACCACGUUCCGUUCAAGACGUGUUUUUAGGACGAGCGCGAGCCGCCAACGGCGUCCUGCUGGUUUCAACGUGGUUCCAGACGCGGCCUCGUAUUUUGGAUGCUCGGAGCUUCACAGCUAACUUGCUAACACAAGCUACUUGCUAACUAUUUGGCGAUUCAACCGAUGGUAUUUAGCGGAGAGCCAUAAAUGACAGCCGUUCACGGGCUUCCCUUCACCACCGUGCUCGCUGGCCGGUUGUCCCCGCAGCCGCAACACUUCACCCCGGACGGCUGCAGCUUCGUGGGCAGGCUGGUCACCCUCAUCUUAAGCAGCUAGCUACGAGACGAAGCGGGCGCACUUGUGCGAAUAACAUUGUGGGGGAAAAGGAAUAACCACCCGUCUAAAUGGACCACAUGUCCAUAAUAACCCAAGUUUCCAACCCGAAGGAUGAAGAAAUACAAGCCUUUAACCAGGAAAAAGCGUCCCAGUCGAACAGCAGCCUGAAGAAGCAGAGGAGCCGGAGCAUCUUCAGCACCUUCUUCUGCUGCUUCCGCAACUACAAUGUGGACACGCCAGCCGCCAACACCAACACCAGCUCCCUGCCUCCACCGGUUGAGGAGAAUGGAUCUCCUCCCAAGCCACCAGCCAAAUACCUCCUACCAGAGAUGCUAAUAUCUGACUACGGCAAAAAGUGUGUGGUGAUUGACUUGGAUGAAACGCUCGUCCACAGCUCAUUCAAGCCCAUCAGCAAUGCCGACUUUAUCGUCCCGGUGGAGAUAGACGGUACUGUUCAUCAGGUGUAUGUGCUGAAACGACCCCAUGUGGACGAGUUCCUCCAAAAGAUGGGGGAGCUGUUUGAAUGUGUCCUCUUUACAGCCAGUCUUGCCAAGUAUGCAGACCCUGUGGCAGACUUGCUGGAUCAGUGGGGCGUGUUCCGAGAGCGACUCUUUAGAGAAUCCUGCGUUUUUCACAGAGGGAACUACGUCAAAGACCUCAGUCGGCUGGGACGAGAGCUCAGCAAUGUUAUCAUUGUUGACAAUUCGCCCGCCUCUUACAUUUUCCACCCAGAAAAUGCUGUCCCCGUCCAAUCCUGGUUUGACGAUAUGAAUGACACGGAGCUCCUGGAACUGCUGCCUUUCUUCGAGGGACUUAGCAAAGAAGAAGAGGUUUACGGGGUCCUGCAGAAUCUGAGAGGCAGGUAGCAGGGCACACCUCAGCGCCACCUGUGCUCUCCAUCCUCCCCUCUGUCGAUCUCUGCCCUUUUCUACAACCACACCUCCCAGACUCAGGCAGAUCGUCCCACACGCGCCCCUCUUGUCUCUGCCCCAAGGGGACGCCUCUGGGGUCUAACUGUGGAAAGCCCCCCUCCGCUUUCAUCACCUGGUGACCCGGCUGCUUUUCGAGUGCCAUCAGAGAAAAACACUAAAAUAUCCCAGAAGCACUGUUUCACAAAAAAAAAAAAAAAGUUGAUAAUAGUGCUAAGAGAAAUGAACUCUGGUCUUUAUUUUUAAACCAACAAAGUUUUACUAUUCGGUGAAGUGCUUAUUUUAAAACCCAAAAAGAAAAAACACGCCCAACAACAACAACAACAACGUUUUGUCUGAAAUUUCUUUUGUGGUACCACACAAAAGUCUGAGAAGAUCUUGUCCUCGUAUUGUUGCUAUGCAGGCAGUUUGUGGUAGAAGGAAGGACUGUGACUCUUUUCUUACUGAAUGAAGUGCCUUGUGUGAAUGUUGUUUAUAUAGGAAGGUAUUUUGUACAUGGCAUAUUUCCAGAGUACUUCAGUCUUUUCACACAAAAUAUGCUUUAAAGUCGACACAGACGUAUCUUCAUAUACAAGUUUGACUUUCUUUCCUUUUUUGAUUCAUCAAAUGCUGGGUAAAUGUCUCCAUAGUAUUAUCUUCUUCUUUUUUUCCGGCAUGCUUGUGUCAUUAUAUAGACGUGACUUCUUUCUGCUUUCAUUAUAUGUAGAUUUAGUUCAUUUGUUUUAGGCAAAGCAGUACAUUUGCAAUUGUGAACUGUUUGUAAACCCCAGUACAGAAGUUCUCUUGCGUUUUGAUCUGAAAAUUCAGAUGAAAUUGUGCCAUUUAUUUCCUGUCUUUCUAACAAUACACCCCCCACGCAUAUAUCUAAUUGUAUUAUUUGCCAAAUAAGCAAAUUCUUUUUUUUGAACAGGCUUCAUAUCUUUACCAAGGGUUCAGCCAUAACUGUUAAAGCAUUAGUAGUAAGUAUAGGAUUUAUUCUUUUAUCAAAUACACUAGUAUGUUUUAUUGUCACAAGGUCCUUGUUUGUCAUGUUGUGCUUAUCAUAUGGCUGUUAGCCCGUAUCAUCUUCUUGUCUUUAUUCUUCAGGGGGGGGGGGGCACAGAUAAGUGGUGCAGCUUCACCCUUACGGGAUGAUCCUUUUCAAUAAUUGUACACGGAUGCAAAGGUCUCCCUUUUUGUUUCUAAUAGUCUGGGAAUUGACAGUAAAUGGGUCGAGUGCCAUGUUUAUUUUAUUUCCACGAGGUCCGUCUCGAGGGAACACAGGAACGUGUUGUUUGGAGUUUAAAUGGUUUUUCGACCAGUGGAGUCCAUGUGUGGCGUUUACCUUCCCAGACUCUUUCUAACUGCUCUUCACCUCAGUGCCUACGUUUGAGAGGAACCACGCAAACCCAAUGCUGCAGCAUUAGCGACCAUGGCAAUAACCUUUUUGUUUUUUUGUGUAAGGGGUGGGGGUUCCCCAUCCCGAGUGUUUGGGUGUCUAGAGCACUUGACAAGGCUAGCCGGGAGAGGGUGUGUUGGCACUAAAGGCCGGCCUGGUUAUCACGAUGACGUUCAGGGUAAACCGUAAAACAUUAAUUUUUCACAUUAUUUGACCCGAAAACUGGACAUGCGUUAGUCCUUCAGUCGUUUCACAAAGAAAAUUAAAAAUUAAAAUACUGAAACAACGAAA